UUCAGCCAAUCUCCUCUCUGCAUCUUUCUCCAAACCCCUGCGUUUCCUCUCAAUGGCGACCAAGACCCACUUGGAUUCCAUCGAUUCCCAGGUCAAAAACGACCCCACAAGUCUCCAAAAUUACCCAGUACCCCUGUCCCCACCACUGCCCUCCAUAUCCAAGAACAUAGAGCUCAACAGAGCCUUAACUGCUUCUUCAAGAUCGUCCCUUUUUUCUCUUUCAAGAAAUCAUGUGCUUUUUGAAGACCAGUGGCUCAUUGCUAUUAACAAGCCUCAAGGGAUUUACUGUGAGAAUGUCUUGUCUGCUGUCCCGAGCCUACUCACCGAUUCCACUGACUCAGGGACUGAAGUGAAGCUGACGGAGCUUCAUCUAGCUAAUAGACUUGAUCGUGACACUAGUGGUAUCAUGAUAAUUACCAAGUCACAUAAAGUGGCUGCCAAGCUUGUAAAAGCUUUUACAGAACACAAGGUCAGGAAAACAUACAUAGCUUCCUGUGUUGGUCAAGCUCCAAAAUGGGUAAAUAUCACAAUGAAGUCCGGUCAUGGACGAUCAAGGUACGGAGCCUGGCGUGUUUAUGCUGCUUCAGAUGUGGGUAAGACACUACCAGGCGGAUCAAUUGUCAAGGAUAUGGAAACCUUAUUUGAAGUGUUAUCAGUAAAUGGGCAGGGGCAAUUUAAGGAGUUUUCUGAAUCAGGAAGAGACCUAUCAGAAGUUAUGAUUAUUGAACAGAAAUCUGAAAUUGAUUGCAACUUGAAGAAAGAUGAGAUUUUGGUAAGAGCAUACCCCAAGAGUGGAAGAACACAUCAAAUUCGCUUGCACUGCCAGUACCUGGGAAUGCCUAUUAGAGGGGAUGUAAAAUAUGAAGGUGCCUAUGAGUGGAAAGAAAGAACAUAUGAUGGUCAUGAGCUUCACGCAGAGAGCUUGUCCUUUGAGCAUCCUGUUACUGCUGAAAAUGUGUUAAUUCAAGCACCUCUACCAUCGUGGGCUUGCCAAUUUUUUGAGUCUGAGCCAUUGAGGACAAACUAAAGCUUUCAAAGUUCUAGGAAUCAUGUAGCAAGAUACUACUCCUGUUCAGUUCCACAAUAGCACAUUAGUCCUGAUUUACAUUCAUUAUUAACAAGCCGCAGAAGGUUUUGGUGCGCUGCUUAAUGAGAUAACUUAUUGCAUCUGUGUAUUGCAGUCGAUGAUAUAAGAAUCAUGCGAUUUGGAGAUGAGAUUGCUCCUACAUUGCAGCAGAUGGACUAGUGCAUAAUUGAGGUAUAAGUAAUCAUCUUUAAAUUCAAAAUGAGCAUCUCAGGGAUUACUGCAGCGAGGAACAUACACAGGAAACAGCAAAGAAUCAUGAUCCUCUUCUGCUAGAAGUUCACGAUAGCUGUGACUAGGAUAUGUGCUUUAUGCCUGGAAACCUGGAUCAAAACUCAUCGUGUUUGACCAGAAACAGCCAGUAAUUUGUCUUUGACUUCCAAGUUGCUCGGUGGACUUAGGAUUCUGCUUUGAGUGAUUAAAUGUCAUAGAGCCUUUUUCUUUGCUCUAAACGGUGAGGUGCUCGUUGGGCAAAUAUAAAAUCUAGGAUUUGGCUGGUUCAACAAGACCAGGUAUUUGUUAGGUGAAUAGACUUGCCAACAUUUAUAGUUAAGUGUAUGGAAUUUCGUGUUGAAUAUCUGGUCCAAACCAUAGUUUUUGCAUUUCCAUUUAUUAUCCGUCCGUCCUUUUUAUUCGUUUACUAAAGUUGAUGAGACUUGUACUGAAGCACAGAGAGUGGCAUCUUAGUAAUGCCCUAAGGUAAUAGAAUUUUAUGAUUAACUCGUUAAUUUCCACUUUGUAGUUUUCCAGCCGCCUAUUCGGAUUGUUUGCAGCCAUGUGAAAUUGAAGAUUCUAAAGUCCUGGAGUUCUGUUCUUUCCUCUUUUAGAUUAAACAACAGCAGUCUGAUGUUCCAGAACUGAUGUAAAUUUUCACAGGGACGCCCAUAUGUGCAUCAAAUUUCAAUCUUGGAUACAGAUCAGAACGUGGGCUUCCAUGAACUAUGAUUAAUUAAAAGAGGUAUAAAUGUGAAUUCAAGACGCAGCAAAGGUGGGGAGAUUCAUUGCCAAGAAUACAAAUAAAGUUCUUUUACUUUUUCUGAUAUCCUUUCACGAUGAAACUUUCAAAUGAAGAUCUCGACCAUUGACUUUCCUGAAGGAACUUGCUGCGUAGCUACUAGCUACAGAGUACAGAGUCGCCUUGGACAUCAAGCAUCAGCACUUCAAAAGAGGCAACUUUGGACUUUUGUCACCUUAAUUGCUAAAAUAUAUUCCUCUUAUCUUAAAAAUUAAAACCCUUUUAGCUAACAGGAUUUCCAUACCAAACCUGUUGCAUAUGUAAUCAUGUCGUUAAGUUGACUGGAUGUUUAGGCAUGCAUUACUCCUCUCUUUCUCUGUAGACAUGGGACGUAAAUUUUUAUUACUCCUCUUAAGGAAUUUGACUGUCAUGGUGCAGUUACAUUUAUUGCC